AUGGCAGGAUCUGAAACCGCCAAGGCCACCACUACUGUCAUCACCACCACCGCCAACACCAUGGCUCAACCAACCAAACCAAUGGUUCGAAGGUUUGUUGGUGUCAGGCAAAGACCAUCGGGAAGAUGGGUGGCAGAAAUCAAGGACUCAUCUCAACGUGUGAGGCUGUGGCUAGGGACAUAUGAUACUCCUGAGGAAGCUGCUAGAGCUUACGAUGAAGCAGCUCGUGCUUUACGCGGGGAAAAUGCUAGAACCAACUUUGCAUCGGUUAAUCACAAUUCGAGCCAAUCAGGUUCUUCUCCUUCUAAUGGAGGGUUUGUCUCCCAAUCUGAUGAGCGGCAUGGACUUAGCUUCUCUUCAUUGAAGGCUAAAUUGAGCAAGAACCUGCAGAGUAUCAUGGCUAGGACGACGGAAAACAAGUCAACAAAAUGUAGAGUGAGUGACCACUUCACUUUCGCCAGCAUAUUCCACUUUAGAAACUACCAAUACCAGAACCCACCAGUUGAUAUGAAGAAUAUUGAAAAAGUGGUGCAACCAAGCAUCAUUGUGCCCCCUGCGGCAGAUGAGCCCCCUUCCUCUAAUUGGGACAGCUCCAGCGUUUCAGAUUGUAGCAAUGAAUGGGUUGGGUUUCGGCAACAUGGGUUCGAUUCAGAUGGGUCAGAUAUUGGAGAAGUGAGUUUUGGUGACCAAGGCUUUGCAGACCAAAUGAGGGGAUGGAUGGAUAGCCCAGAGAUUAGUCCAAGAAUAAUUAGUGCUGCUGAUGGUGGUUCAAGGAGUAAGAGGCUCAAGGUCUCUUCUUCGGUGGUGGUUCCCCCAACUUUUAGUGGGUCCACCUACAAUACAGACAAUUAA